UACGGUACCUGUAACUAAAAUGCCCUCAAAGCCAUCUCUACUAAUGGUGGUCGGAAUCUGGAUUUGGUUUUGCUUUGUUAUCAGAACGGUGUACCAGGCGGCGCUGAUAAGCAUUAUGAAACACACUUUUUAUGACGAGCCAUUUUAUACAUUUGAAGACGUUCUUGCAACCAAAAAGCCAUUUGGAGGAAUCGCUAUUUACAAAGAAUAUUAUUCAGAUGAUAGUUUCAUAUACGACAAUUAUAUCGUCAUGAAUCUAGCAGAAGGGCGCCAAACUGUAGACAGUAUUUCAAAUGGAAGUUUAGACUUUGUGAUUGCUAUGAACAAAGAGACAGUUUAUUUCAGGCUAAUGAAGUAUAUGGGUACAAGACAUUUGCAAAUAAUACCAAAAAAGAUUGCAAAUAGCCCAACUGUAAUAUUUUUCAAGAAGUUUUCUUACUUAACUGCUUCUGUUAAUCGUAUCUUGAGUGCCUCCCUGGAAGGCGGAUUUAGUGAAAGAAUGUAUGCCCGUUUCUUCAGAAGGGGCAUUUCAUUGCUCCGCAACUCACAACAUCGCCGCACAGAACCGCUUCGGCUGGAACAUUUUAUGGGCAGUUUUUUGACUUUACUCGGCGGUUACGUUAUUUCAGUUAUAUUUUUUGCUGUUGAAGUGAUAUGUGGAAGAAUUGUAAAUUAUCAAUACUAA